CUCAACUCUGCUUCUUUUGUUUGUGGUUUGUUUAUGCUUCAGUAACGAAAGCCGACGGUACUAAAGUUUCAAAAGCUGGGAAGGUAAAAUAAAAUAAAAUAAAGGAAAGGAAAGAGUCAGUGCAUCUUGCUUGAUUGAUCGUCCAUUCCCUUCAAUUAAGGAGAUUUUUGCAGCCAUCCAUAUGAAGCCUUUGUUUGUAGGGUUGACGACUUUCAAGUGAAUAUAUCUGAAGCAAAAAAAGGUUGUGAAUAUAGUGUAAAUUUUUCUAAAAAUUGCUUCAAUGUGAAAUAUUCAAUAGUAAAAUUGACUGAUUGUCGUAUCCGACGAGUUUGAAAUUGGGUUGCUCGUUUGUCAUAGUGAGUCCAUGGUUCUAUUUUAUCAACUUGAUUCCAUUCCCUUUCUUCUUCAAUUUAAUACCAUCUUAACAUAUUGACGCCAGUUCUCAUAGCUGGAUAGUGUUCCUUUCAUGCUGCAACCUGUCCCUUUACACAUAGAACUAUGUAUCAACGCUCUGAUUAGAAGAAAUCAUAAAUAAUCUAAUUAAUCCAUAAAUUCAUGUAUUUAAUCAUUGAUAUUAAAUUUAAUUCAAGGAACGAGAUGUCCUGCUCUACACUCGUCUCACGCUGAAUGUUUUUGGAAUACCCAGAAGCCAAGCACCUACCAAACCUCAACAAAACAAACAUUGACUGACAAAAAAAAUAGUCUGAUAUCAAAGUAAAAAAUGGAGACAGUUUUUGGACGAGUUAGGAAUGAUCAAGCAGAGUCAAGAAAAUACGGGGUUAUCAGCAUGAAAGCUGGCAAGUUGAAUCGCAAGCCAGGUACUAAGCUCUUGCAAGCAGAUCAUCGAAAAGGUAUCCUUUACAUGCAGUUAGAAACAGAUGAAUUGCUUCAUUUUUACUGGAAAGAAAGAUUCAGAAAUUCAUCAGAUAUAGAAGAUGAUUUUAUUAUUUUUCCCGAUGAGGCCGAUUUUAUUAAGAUUGAUCAAUGCACUACUGGUCGUGUUUAUGCUUUGAGAUUUAAAUCAUCAUCUCAAAUUCAUUUUUAUUGGAUGCAAGAAUAUAGCGAUGAAAAAGAUGAAGAAACUGUUUCACUGGUAAAUCAGUUAAUCGCCGAUCCCUUCAACGUUACUAGAAGUAUUAAUGCUCGAAACAAUGCAUCCAGCCGUAGUCGAAGUAUGGACGAUACUUCAUCUGCUAGUCAAUUAUUGCAGUUGUUUGGAGCUGCUAGUCAAGAUUCCCUGCAGGAUUUUAAUUGGGAGGUAUUAUCCCCCACCGCUGAAGCACCUGGCUUUUUGCCGCGAUUUUCUCCAGUGAGUGAAUCUGCAAAUCAACUCCAACCUUCUAAUGACUCUGGUGUUGAAUUAAGAAGAGCUGGUCAACCCGACUUGGGCAUGGAGGAUCCUUCGGGACCUACAUUUGACGUGAAUGAAGAUUAUUCUCGUUCUCGAACCUUAGACAUGCUUGAAGAUUUAUCAAGAUCUAUAGAAAAUAGUACCACCCCUAUUGAACCCUUCCCAAUAGAUGACGAGAUGCAUCGGGUUAUUACACACCCACGAAUUUCUCAUAAACUCUUCCCUCAUGCUCCUCCAGAAUUGAUUCGGAAUUCCAGGAAAGAUGAAUUGACCCAAAACCCAGAUUUUUAUAAGCAUUUUUCUUCGUUAGAACGUGCAAUUGUAAAACCAGAGUUUGAACCUUUGCGUUCGUAUUUGCAAAUCUCAUCUGAUGAAGUUUCUGGUCCCAACGGUCUACAAAGACUUUUAAAAUCUAUUUACGAUCGUAUGGUGGCCGAAGGUGUGAUUGUUAUCACUCGUAUAACUCAUACCGAUGAAGAUGGAAAUAGCAUUGAUGAAAGUGAAGGUGGUGGUGAUCAUAGCCAAGACAGGGACUUGGAAAUGGAAGAAAGAUCUUAAUCAACAAUUUAUUAUAUGACGAUUCGCUUGUAACGUUUAUUUAUGUGCUGACGUGAUGAAUGUUCUAGGUUACUAGAUCGUCUGGCAUGCGGACACACGAUAUUAAAUUUGGUUCUGUUUUCUUACUGAGCUUUGAAAGCAUUAUUUUGUUACGAUGGUAAUGUAUUCUUGUAUAAUACACUUAGAGGUUUUAUGUAUGUCCUGUAUAUAGCGUAUACGUAUGCCUUUGGAUUCUUGAUGUUGCUAUUUUAGCAAAGGUGCCCUUUAUUCGUUACGCUUGUUUUUCGUUGCUGUUCCAAUUCCCUUUAUACUUUUCUAAGGAAACCGGACACAAGAAUAUUACGUCUAUUGACAAUUGUUCCAUAGGUUUUCAUAUAGCAAUGAAAACUUCUUUG